AUGGGGCAAGAUUAUUAUGCUGUUUUAGGUCUCACAAGAAGUGUAAACGAUGCAGAAAUUAAAAAAGCGUAAGUUUAGUUUUCAAGGCUUCUAAACGAUGUUUCUUUAACACCAAAAUAUGUAUAUUUUUUAACAAAAAUCGAUUUUCAAUGCACUCACAGCUAUCGCAAGUUAUCGCUGAAAUACCACCCAGACAAGAAUCAGGAGCCAGGAGCUGAGUUGAAAUUCAAACAAGUUGCGGAAGCGUACGAUAUACUGAGUGAUCGUGAGUAUAAUUGCCAUAUAAACUAAAUACAACCUAACUUCAGUCGAGCUAACACCUUUUUUUUUGCCCAGCAGAAUUUAAUUAUGAGGUUGACGUUGCGUAAAUUGUAUUGCCCUUAUUUCAUAAUCUUGAAACGUUACUUGUUUAAUAUUUGGGGUAAACUGUAGACUGGCCACUAGGAUACGUGGAUCCUUAUGUUCCUACAUCCUUGGUUCUAGAAGUAGAAGGCACAUUGAAGCAAAUGAAGGAGUAUGUGAAUAAGCGAAGUGGCUGUGUACGAUGUUCUAUAUGGUUGCUUCCAUCUGUGUAUCCGUUUGAUCUGAAAGCGUGGUGGCCGAGGGUCACUACUACCUGCAAACCAGCAUAAAAUGUCGUCAUGUUAACAUACAGGGUACCCACUAUAGCUGCAGUUACAUGUAUUUACAGUGUACAACACGUUGCUAUUUCUCGCGUUUAGUGGAAAAUUUGUACACACGGGGAACUAGUGCUCAGUGAAUUCAACCAAUCAGUGAGAGGAGUACUGAACAGGCCCGGGGGAAGUACUUUAAGACUUUUGGGGUGGGGAUGUGCCGCUGGGACCCUGGAACCCCUUGCCUAUACCAGAGCUAGUUCAAGUGAAUUUUGCUACCCUAUACUAGACUAAACUCCCCAAAUCCCCCCUAUCCUUGAGUAGCUGUUUUCCAAAAACAACUGAGGUCAUUAGCAUGGUCCAGCCGAAUUUGAUUUUUUAUAUUCUUUAGUGGCAAUUCCCGGUUUCCCUAGUCUAGACUAAAAUCUUCAGACAAUUGAUCAGUUUAAAUGGAAAAUGAUACCCUCUUUGAUACCCUCUUCUGGACCCAAACUCUCUCAUUUAUAUACCCUAUCCCAGAGUAAAAUACUUGAAAACCAUACCCGUCACAGUGGCACAUACCUAUAUAGCCAAUAUAUGACAGUAACCCCCCCCCCCAACGGGUGUGAACAGGUCCUGAAACGAUCCCCAGUAAUUUCAUAAAUUUCUGUCUUUGAAAUGCAACUUUUCUCUCUUUUUUCAGCUAAGAAAAGAGCAAUCUAUGAUCAAUUUGGAGAGGAAGGUCUGAAAGGAGGUGUUCCAGAGAAGGGUAUGGAGUGGAUUGUUCUGUAACUUGAUUGUUAUCAUUCAGAAGGAAUGACUGCCCCAGGAUUACCCCUCACUGUUUCGUCAUUUAGUGGAACUCUACACUGUAUAGCCUUCUGUCAUUGUUUCGAGGGGUAAAUUCUGUGGUAAAUGUAAUGAAUUCACGAUAGCUGGAACAUAAUCUUUUCUUCAAUGCGAACUACCACAAAUUGUUCAAUUCCUAGUUUAAGCUCACAUCUUACCCAUACUGAAGAAUUUAGGCCCAAUUCAAAGCACUUCCUUGAGAGUGGCUUUCCAUUAAGGGUGUCUUGUGCAAUGGGAUGUGACUGUAUGUGCCUGAUAUUUAGCCCUCAACACAUACUGUAAGGGAGGGAGGUAUGUCCCUGGUCUGAAUUUCACGGUCGUUUCUCAUUUUGAGGAGUAGGCCAUGUCUCCAUCAGUAUUUAACCCAUCUUUAUGUCGUUUUUCACCAUUUCAUAUUGUCUUAUGUGACUGUGUUCAAGGCUAUGUCGCUUGUUGGAAUUUUUCCCUAAGGCAGGGCCUCACUGUCGUGUCGUCAUGUAACCUGUCAUGUUCUAACUAUUGACCCUACAUUGCUUGUAUCAUCAUAAGGAUUAUGCUCAAAUAUCCUUACUAUUAUGAUGAACAAAUAUUGCAUGGAAUACUACUGGUACAUUGUACUUACUUGUCAAAACCUCUGUUGAUUAACAGAUGGAUGGACAACGGGGUAUACAUUUCAUGGGGAUGCUGGUCGAGUGUUUGCAGAAUUUUUUGGUGGAGAUAACCCCUUUGCAGGUACAUUGGUUUUGACCAUUAAUGUAAAGCAGGGAUGGAGAGCUGGAACAAAAAUAACUUUCCCCAAGGAGGGAGACCAGGGCCCCAACAAUAUUCCAGGUAACAAAGUCAGCUACCAUACAGUAAUGUAAGCCACAUAGAGAACCCCUUUUGCAAGACUUUUGAGAGGAAUGCCAAUGGAGUAUGAAUUUCAGCCAUUUUCCUAUUGGUUUUUUAGGGAAGGAGAACAAAAAAUUAAUUUUUAGUUCAAAAACCGUGCUUGGUUUUGUUGAGCUGUUUUGGCUUUUGGCAAAUUAUUUUGAGUUUAAUCUUUUUGUUUCUCUUUGUUAUUUUUUCCUUAUGCUUGGCUUUCCAAUAGGAACUACACUUGUAAGCAUUACAUAUCUAAUUUUCUGCUUCAUUUUUUUCAGCUGACAUUGUGUUUAUUGUAAAAGACAAGCCUCACCCAAUAUUCAAGCGUGAUGAUGACAACCUCAUCUAUACUGCCACUGUUCCUCUUGGAAAGGUAAAUAAACAUAAUUGUGAAUUAAAGCAAUAAUUUGCUAUGUGUUGACCACUCACUUUUUAACCCCAAAAUUUACUUCUAGCUACAUGUACCACUUUCUCCCUACUAAUUUUUGUUGAUAAUAAUCCACUGGAAGUGGAAGGAAAUGAUUUUAAACAAAAAAGACUCAGGAGGGUGCAAAGAAAGUUUUACAGCCUGCCAUUUGGGCAAACUUUAGCUAGCAUGUACUAGCCCACAAGUCACUUCAACUAGCCCAAAACCCUUUUUGAUUAGCAGGAUUGAUUACAAUCCUUCUGUAACUUGAAUAGGCCAUUUGCACUAAAAGGCGUGUGACAUCGUUUUUAUGAAAAUGAAAGUUGUAUGAUUUCGCCUUCGAAAAACGAUUAGUAGGUCAUAUCUUAAACAAAAUAAUAGUGAUUUGGUUUUUCAAACCCCACCAUUUUCUUAAAAUGAAUAGGUUCGUAAAUGGUCACGUGACCAAAAUGAGAUUUUUAAAAUUAUGAAUUACCUCUCCCUGAACACAAAUUUUGCACUUAAACUUCAAGGAAAAUGUUGAAAAGAUGUUGUGAUAACGUUUACAGCACAUCUGAGUGUAACUAUGAAACGUUGAACACAAGAUAUAAGCAAGAAGUAGUUUUGGCCGCCAUGUUGGAGGGCAAGAGCAUGCCCUCCAACAUGGCGGCCAAUACAAAUCAUACUACUUUGCUGAAAAUAUUGUACUUACUUGUCAAAACCUCUGUUGAUUAACAGAUGGAUGGACAACGGGGUAUACAUUUCAUGGGGAUGCUGGUCGAGUGUUUGCAGAAUUUUUUGGUGGAGAUAACCCCUUUGCAGGUACAUUGGUUUUUUUUGUCUCACUUAUUUGUCAAUCAAAAACAAAACUAACCUAAAUAUGGCACACUUUGUCAGUUUUGAAAAUUUUUCUCUGAGCGGUGAAAUAGAAAUGCUGAGUUUAUCCCAUAUCUGAUUCCUGUUUCAGAAUUGUUUGAUUCCUACGAUCCAGAAAUAGGGUUUGGCGGGAUACAUGGUCGCGGUCGCCGCAAGCAGGAUCCACCCAUUGAGAGAGAACUGUACCUUACCCUAGAAGAAGUGUUUAAAGGUUGUGUGAAGAAAAUGAAAAUUUCAAGAAGGGUAAGAAAUGGUGUAGUACUACGUGCAUUGUGGACAUGUUCAAUAAUAUUUUAUUCUUGCUUCAUUUUUUAUUCUCCUCUGUUUUUGUAUUUUUAAUGAAUAAAAUAGCAGUUGUUGCCGUUUCCUUUAAGUCAUAAAGUGGGGUUUAUGCAAAAGAUGUUCGAGGGCUUUCUGCAAAACAGGGCAGAAGAUAAGCAGUAGGGAUAGAAGGAGGAAAGCAAAGGAAAUGUUUUCCUUUCUUUCUUCCCCAACCCUUCUUCCUGUUUUGACUAAAUACGUGAAAAAAUUCCCCAGAAACUGCACUACGAAUAAAAAAAUUCAAAUUUAGAGGGAAAAAUGGGCUAAAUCUCAAACUAAAGCACAGAAAAGCUCAAAGGAUGAUAUUUUAUCCAGGAGAUUUAGCGACCUGCACAGGAAAGCGGGAGAUCGGUGCCGUAUCUGGGAGAGUUGCCAUAUAUGCCCUGUAGGUCAAAGCUUUUUUUAGACCUCUGAUAUUUAUGUAACCUUUGGUCUCUCUGUCAGGUAAUGAAUGAAGAUGGACACACAUCAAACAUCAGGGACAAGAUUUUGACCAUUAAUGUAAAGCAGGGAUGGAGAGCUGGAACAAAAAUAACUUUCCCCAAGGAGGGAGACCAGGGCCCCAACAAUAUUCCAGGUAACAAAGUCAGCUACCAUACAGUAAUGUAAGCCACAUAGAGAACCCCUUUUGCAAGACUUUUGAGAGGAAUGCCAAUGGAGUAUGAAUUUCAGCCAUUUUCCUAUUGGUUUUUUAGGGAAGGAGAACAAAAAAUUAAUUUUUAGUUCAAAAACCGUGCUUGGUUUUGUUGAGCUGUUUUGGCUUUUGGCAAAUUAUUUUGAGUUUAAUCUUUUUGUUUCUCUUUGUUAUUUUUUCCUUAUGCUUGGCUUUCCAAUAGGAACUACACUUGUAAGCAUUACAUAUCUAAUUUUCUGCUUCAUUUUUUUCAGCUGACAUUGUGUUUAUUGUAAAAGACAAGCCUCACCCAAUAUUCAAGCGUGAUGAUGACAACCUCAUCUAUACUGCCACUGUUCCUCUUGGAAAGGUAAAUAAACAUAAUUGUGAAUUAAAGCAAUAAUUUGCUAUGUGUUGACCACUCACUUUUUAACCCCAAAAUUUACUUCUAGCUACAUGUACCACUUUCUCCCUACUAAUUUUUGUUGAUAAUAAUCCACUGGAAGUGGAAGGAAAUGAUUUUAAACAAAAAAGACUCAGGAGGGUGCAAAGAAAGUUUUACAGCCUGCCAUUUGGGCAAACUUUAGCUAGCAUGUACUAGCCCACAAGUCACUUCAACUAGCCCAAAACCCUUUUUGAUUAGCAGGAUUGAUUACAAUCCUUCUGUAACUUGAAUAGGCCAUUUGCACUAAAAGGCGUGUGACAUCGUUUUUAUGAAAAUGAAAGUUGUAUGAUUUCGCCUUCGAAAAACGAUUAGUAGGUCAUAUCUUAAACAAAAUAAUAGUGAUUUGGUUUUUCAAACCCCACCAUUUUCUUAAAAUGAAUAGGUUCGUAAAUGGUCACGUGACCAAAAUGAGAUUUUUAAAAUUAUGAAUUACCUCUCCCUGAACACAAAUUUUGCACUUAAACUUCAAGGAAAAUGUUGAAAAGAUGUUGUGAUAACGUUUACAGCACAUCUGAGUGUAACUAUGAAACGUUGAACACAAGAUAUAAGCAAGAAGUAGUUUUGGCCGCCAUGUUGGAGGGCAAGAGCAUGCCCUCCAACAUGGCGGCCAAUACAAAUCAUACUACUUUGCUGAAAAAUCAAAGUGCCGUAAAAUAUCUCCCUUAAAUGCGUUUCCUCUCAAAUUUCGGGUGUAAGAUAAUUUUUGUGUGCUAUAACAAUUUUUGGCAUCAGCAAGACUCCAACUCACUGUUUAAAGGAAGCAUUGGUCACAUGACCUCUUAGUGCAAGUGGCCUAUUUCCCCCAAAAACAGCACUUGCCCAUCGGGCAAGUUGAGAACAAAAAUCACUAGCCCGAUAGCAAAAUCCACUAGCCCCAGGCUAUCAGACACGACUUUCUUUGCACGUUGCUCAGUAUAAGCCAAUGAGGCCCAAACAGCUGCAGGUAGAGCUAUCUUGUUACUCUAGACAAGAAACUGUGUUAGUCUCUCUCUACCCAGUUGAACAUUAAAAUGGCUACCGCCAACAUGCUAAUACCUAGGUGUUUCCUGAUACUGAAAAGCCCUCUUUCAAGUCCUCCCUGGAUUGUAUUUUAAGGGUUGCAGUUGCUGCCUGCAGUAUGUAAUGCUAGACAGUGCAAAGGGAGUGUUCUUUUCCAAAGAAACGAUGCAGUGACAUGGCUUAGAAUGCUACAUUCUACAGUCAAAUCCAUCAACCAAUAACUACCACAUGGGACUUAAAUGGGGUGAAUAAAUUUUUUUUUUAUUUCUGGUGAGCGGUUUAAUGUAAGUCAAUGAUUAUUGUUGUUGUACUAGGCACUCACUGGUUGUGUGGUAGAUGUACCCACACUUGAUGGCAGACUUAUCAGCAUUCCCAUCAAUGACAUUGUCAAGUAAGUCAGAAUGCAUCCUAAUCUUGGUGUUCCUGUGGUACAAAGCCACAAAUUUUGGAGGUAUUAGGGCGACUGUCAAUUAGCUGCCCCCACUGAUUUUCUCAGGGGGCAUCUCGGCUGGGAAACUGGCCUCCUUUUGACUCAUUUCAUUUCAGUAGGUGACGAACGCGGAUCCGUAAUCAAUGAUUACCUCUAGUACUUAGAUGUCCACAAACAAGCCAUGAGAAAAUUAAGUUGACAAACUGUGCCAAGUUAAAGUGGUCGGCAGGUUUACAGUGAGUCAGACUCCAAAAAUUGAAAACUAGAGCUGUUUGUGGAGCAUUGUGCAGUAGCGGAUAUAGGGGAGGAGUCCAGGCUCCUAGCUAAUUUAUGGGCUGAAGUGCAGCGUGGCUAAAAUACAGGUCACUUUUCCACAGAUCAGAGCACAGGUCACCAUGAUACAGAUAAACAAACUGCAUUAAAAGUGUCUCCAAGCCCUAAUCUCCUAAUAAAAUGCUCUAUUAGAUCAAGGGGAAUCUGUGUGGUUUGGUAAUUUAUCGAUGGAGCAGUGACCUGUAUAGCCUGCGAAAACAUCCGUUUCUCCUUGCUCUUCUCCACUGGGGACGUUUCGCGCGGAGGAACGUCUGCGACUCAGCAGCAGAAAUUCCAUGCUGAUGAUGCAAAUUAAUGUUGACAUAAUAAUUCCAGCAGUCAUGGGGUUCCAAAUAUAAAUUUGUCCAAUUUUGUGUGUCUUGUGGUCGAUUUUGGUAAAGUGUUGUGUUCAUCUGCCCAGGAGCUCCAGCAAAAACUCAAAUGCCUCUUCUAGAGAAGACUAUAUUCCACAAAUAUUGACUGCUUUGUUACAGAUUCUUCGCAUUUACAUUUGACCUUUGUCUUUCGUCUGUCAUUCGUAAACAAUAGCUAAAACAAUAUAACUACCUCGUCGACCAAUCAGUGCUUGUGACUGGAUUCCGGACAGAUUUUUACGUUAUCAGUAUGGAAUUUCUGUCGCUGAGUCGCAGACAUUCCUCUACACGAAACGUCCCCAGCGGUGAAGAGCGAGGAGAAACAGAUAUUUUUGCAGGCUAUGGCCUGUACUCUUGACCUGUGGAAUGUGACCGGUACUUUAGACCGGGCAGCUAAAGCAAUCAACACAGGGCUGAGAGAAAAUAAUAUUUUUUUAGUUUGGGCCCUUGCUCCUCUUCUCCCAGGGUUGGCAUGAAAGUGACCUUCACCUUCUUAAAGAUCUAGAUUAAGCGAUAAGCUUUGAAAGAAAAUGUUGCAGCUUCAUAAGUUUGUCGGAAAAGACUAUUAUUAUACCAUUAAACUUUGAUAACUUCGCAUUCCUUUUUCAGACCUGGAUAUCAAAAGAUAGUUCCUGGUGAAGGAAUGCCCAUCUCCAAAAAUCCUAAUACAAAAGGAGAUCUUAUAAUUCAGUUUAAUAUCGAGUUCCCAAACCAACUGAAUCCAGANUUGUGUUCAUCUGCCCAGGAGCUCCAGCAAAAACUCAAAUGCCUCUUCUAGAGAAGACUAUAUUCCACAAAUAUUGACUGCUUUGUUACAGAUUCUUCGCAUUUACAUUUGACCUUUGUCUUUCGUCUGUCAUUCGUAAACAAUAGCUAAAACAAUAUAACUACCUCGUCGACCAAUCAGUGCUUGUGACUGGAUUCCGGACAGAUUUUUACGUUAUCAGUAUGGAAUUUCUGUCGCUGAGUCGCAGACAUUCCUCUACACGAAACGUCCCCAGCGGUGAAGAGCGAGGAGAAACAGAUAUUUUUGCAGGCUAUGGCCUGUACUCUUGACCUGUGGAAUGUGACCGGUACUUUAGACCGGGCAGCUAAAGCAAUCAACACAGGGCUGAGAGAAAAUAAUAUUUUUUUAGUUUGGGCCCUUGCUCCUCUUCUCCCAGGGUUGGCAUGAAAGUGACCUUCACCUUCUUAAAGAUCUAGAUUAAGCGAUAAGCUUUGAAAGAAAAUGUUGCAGCUUCAUAAGUUUGUCGGAAAAGACUAUUAUUAUACCAUUAAACUUUGAUAACUUCGCAUUCCUUUUUCAGACCUGGAUAUCAAAAGAUAGUUCCUGGUGAAGGAAUGCCCAUCUCCAAAAAUCCUAAUACAAAAGGAGAUCUUAUAAUUCAGUUUAAUAUCGAGUUCCCAAACCAACUGAAUCCAGAGCAGAAGAGAAUGUUAAAAGAAGCACUGCUGCUUGAAUCAUAAGCUGCCUACACCAUAUUGCCAGAAGACAACUGCAUCAUGAACAAUAUUUAUUAUAAAUAAUGAUAUUUCCAUUUAACAGCUAGUUGAAGUUUUCAAACUAUUACAUAUUGUAUUCCACCAUUUUGAAGUGGGAGGUGUAUAAUGAACAGUAGAAUUUUUAUAUUUUGUACAUAGUUGAACAUAAAAUACAG